AUUGUGAAUUGUCAUUAUUGUAUUUUACCACAGCAGAAUCAAACUUUUUUGUUUAAAACAUUUAGUAAAUAUUUAUUAUUAUUUUUGGAAUUUAUUAAAUUAAAUAUACUUUAUAAAAUGGGUGACUAUGACUCCGACGAGGAACAAUCGCAAUUGGACAAAUUAAGGUACGCCAAGGUACCGAAAGGAAUGCACGUCAGUGGUUGGGAUGACGAUGCCGAUGAAUUGAUUGAAGAAGACAAAAAUCCAGAAGCCACCUUGGAACGCAUGAUUUUGUGGGCUGUAAAUGAAAAGAAGCAUGACGAAAUACGGGAAAUUCUAAGACUUGAUCCAGAAACGGUGUCUGCGGUAGAUGAUGAUGGCUAUACACCAUUGCAUCGAGCGGCAUAUAAUAACUUUACCGAUAUUGCAAAACUCUUACUUCAAUACAACGCAAAUCCUAAUGCCAAAACUAAGUUAGGUUGGACUCCAUUACAUUCGGCGUGCAAAUGGAGUCAUGCCGAAAGCGUUGCCCUGCUAUUGCAACAUGGUGCCGAUGUUAAUGCCCAAUCCGAUGGACAACAGACACCAUUACAUGUGGCCGCUACAGUUUCAAAUUGCCGCAAUACAGCCACAACACUGCUAAUGGAUCCCAACAUUAAUCCCAGAUCAUUAAAUAAUUCCGAAGAAACAGCAGAAGAGAUUGCAAGGAGGACGGGUUUAUCGGCACCCCUCUUCGAAAUGGGUCAUGCAGCUUAUGAAGUAGAAACGGGAAUAAUUGAUUAAUUUAGGCUUUUAUUAAGUAGUGAGUGGGAGGGUAUGUAUUAAAUACAAAUAAAUUAUUGAAAUAAAGAAAAAUAUAAAUACAUUAUUCA